CGGCGGCCGGGCUGGGGCCCAGCGCGGGCCGGGCGGGGGCACGCGGAGGCCGGCGCGGGAGGAGGCCGCGCUCCGCUUCCCGGGCCGCCCGUCCUGCUCCACGGCCGGCCGGCCCGCGCCCAGGAUCCCCGAACGUUGGGGCCGGGCCGGUGGCUGAGACAGAGCUUCUAGAAGGCAGAGAUCGUGCAUGUUUGAUUUCUCCUUUUGUUCAGCUAUUAUUCAGGAGCCAGGCACCAUUCCAGGCGCUGGGGAUAUAGUGAACAAGACAGGCAAAAAUCCCUCCCCUCAUGGAGCUUACAUCUAGUGGGAGGAAGCAAACGUACAUGAUAAAGAGGCCUGUCCCCCUGUUUCCCAGGUGCCAUGAGGAAGCCUCGCCAGAAGUCACGGCAGAAUGCCGAGGGCCGGCGCUCCCCAUCCCCCUACAGUCUCAAGUGCUCACCUACUCGGGAGACCCUGACAUAUGCCCAGGCCCAGCGAAUUGUCGAAGUGGACAUUGAUGGACGCCUGCAUCGUAUCAGCAUCUAUGACCCACUCAAGAUCAUCACGGAGGAUGAGCUGACUGCCCAGGAUAUCACUGAAUGUAAUAGUAACAAGGAAAACAGCGAGCAGCCUCAGUUCCCUGGCAAGUCCAAAAAACCCUCAUCCAAGGGCAAGAAGAAAGAGUCCUGCUCCAAGCAUGCAUCCGGCACUUCCUUCCACCUCCCGCAGCCCAGCUUCCGCGUGGUGGACUCAGGCAGUCAGCCAGAAGCACCCCCAUUGCCUGCUGCCUACUACCGCUACAUUGAGAAAUCGCCUGAAGACCUGGAUGCAGAGGUAGAGUAUGACAUGGAUGAGGAGGACCUGGCCUGGCUGGACAUGGUGAAUGAGAAGCGGCGAACGGAUGGGCACAGUUCGGUGUCGGCAGACACCUUUGAGCUGCUGGUAGACCGGCUUGAGAAGGAGUCAUACUUGGAGAGUCGUAGCAGUGGGGCCCAGCAGUCACUCAUUGACGAAGACGCCUUCUGCUGUGUGUGCCUGGAUGACGAAUGCCACAAUAGCAACGUCAUUCUCUUCUGUGACAUCUGCAACCUGGCUGUACACCAGGAGUGCUACGGAGUCCCCUACAUCCCCGAGGGUCAGUGGCUAUGCCGCUGCUGCCUGCAGUCUCCCUCCCGGCCUGUGGAUUGUGUCCUCUGCCCCAAUAAAGGUGGCGCCUUCAAACAGACCAGCGAUGGGCACUGGGCCCACGUGGUGUGUGCUAUCUGGAUCCCUGAAGUGUGCUUUGCUAACACCGUGUUCCUGGAGCCCAUCGAGGGCAUUGACAACAUCCCACCUGCCCGCUGGAAACUGACCUGCUAUAUCUGCAAGCAGAAGGGGCUGGGUGCCUCCAUCCAGUGCCAAAAGGUGAACUGCUACACAGCCUUCCAUGUGACGUGUGCACAGCGGGCCGGGCUCUUCAUGAAGAUUGAGCCCAUGCGCGAAACCAGCCUAAAUGGCACCACUUUCUCAGUGCGCAAGACUGCCUACUGUGAGGCCCACUCACCCCCAGGUGCUGCCACUGCGAGGAGGAAGGGUGUCUCCCCUGGAAGCCUUAGUGAGCCUGGGAAUGAGGAAGGGCUGAAGGAAGGCUAUGGGGAGGAGGAAGACAAAGAAGAGGUGGAAGAGGAGGAAGAUGAAGGCCAAGGUAUAGUAGGUGGCCCCCUCAAAGGAGUGUCUAAGAAGAACAAGAUGACUUUGAAGCAAAAAAUCAAGAAAGAUCCAGAGGAAGUAGGUCGAGACAUGCCCUCCGUUGUCCCCUUGGUCACCGUCCCACAGAUACCCUCUUACAGGUUGAACAAGAUCUGUAGUGGUCUCUCCUUUCAGAGGAAAAACCAGUUCAUGCAGCGGCUUCACAACUAUUGGCUGUUGAAGCGGCAGGCACGGAACGGUGUACCCCUCAUUCGCCGCCUGCAUUCCCACCUGCAGUCCCAAAGAAAUGCCGAGCAGCGAGAGCAGGAUGAGAAAACAAGCGCCGUGAAGGAAGAGCUGAAAUACUGGCAGAAAUUGCGGCACGACUUGGAGCGAGCCCGGCUGCUCAUCGAGCUGAUUCGGAAAAGAGAGAAGCUCAAGCGGGAGCAGAUCAGGGUCCAGCAGGCUGCCCUGGAGCUAGAGCUGAUGCCAUUCCACGUUUUGCUGAGGACAACCCUGGACUUGCUGCAGGAGAAGGAUCCCGCGCACAUCUUUGCCGAACCCGUCAGCCUGAGUGAGGUUCCAGAUUACCUGGAAUUCAUAUCCAAGCCAAUGGAUUUUUCUACUAUGAGGCGGAAGCUGGAAUCCCAUCUGUACCACACCUUGGAGGAGUUUGAGGAGGACUUUAACCUUAUAGUUUCCAACUGCAUGAAGUAUAAUGCUAAAGACACAAUUUUCCACCGAGCAGCUGUCCGCCUGCGGGACCUGGGAGGGGCCAUCCUGCGGCAUGCCCGGAGGCAGGCAGACAACAUCGGCUAUGACCCCGAGAGGGGCACACACCUGCCCGAGUCACCCAAAUUGGGGGACUUCUAUCGCUUUUCCUGGGAAGACGUGGACAACAUCCUCAUCCCAGAGAACCGAGCCCAUUUGUCCCCGGAGGUGCAGCUGAAGGAGCUGCUAGAGAAACUGGACCUGGUGAGUGCCAUGCGGUCCAGUGGGGCCCGGACCCGCCGCGUCCGCAUGCUGCGCCGGGAGAUCAAUGCUCUUCGGCAGAAGCUGGCACAGCCACCGCCACCACAGCCGCCCUCACUGAACAAGACUGUGUCCCAUGAGGAGCUUCUGGCAGGGCCCCAGGGAGAUGUGGCUGCGCAGGCCCUGCAGGAGGAACCAGAAGAUGAUGGGGACAGAGAUGACUCCAAACUGCCUCCCCCACCAACCCUGGAGCCUACUGGGCCUGCACCUUCCUUGUCUGAGCAAGAAUCCCCUCCAGAUCCCCCCACUCUAAAACCUAUCAGUGACAACAAACCUCCAAGCCGAUUCCUAAAACCCAGAAAGGUGGAAGAAAAUGAGCUUUUGCGAAAAUCACCUCUGCAGCUAGGGAACGAGCCGUUUCAAGACCUGCUCAGUGAUGGUGGCAUCAACAGACUGACCCUCAUGGCCUCCGAUGACCCUGACGGUGCCCCGCUCGGUAAUGUGGGCCGCCGCGCCUCAGUCCUCUUUAAGAAGGCCAAGAAUGGGGCUAAGCUGCAGAGGAGCCCAGAUGGGGCCCUGGAGAAUGGCGAGGACCAUGAUGCAGCGGGCUCUCCGGCCUCUCCUGGCAGCAUUGAAGAUGAGCAGCACUCCCGGAAGCGGCCAAGGAGCAGGAGCUGUAGUGAGAGUGACGGGGAGAGGACCUCCCAGCAGGAGCAAGAAACAGGCGUAACCAACGGCUUCGGGAAACACGCGGAAAGCGGGUCUGACUCAGAAUGCAGUUUGGGUCUCAGUGGUGGACUGGCAUUUGAAGCUUGCAGCGGUCUGGUGCCCCCCAAACGCAGCCGUGGGAAGCCAGCCUUGUCUCGAGUGCCCUUCCUGGACAGUGUGAACGGAGACUCUGACUACAGCAGCUCAGGCAGAAGCCUCCUGAUGCCCUUUGAAGACCGUGGAGACCUGGAGCCCCUGGAGCUGGUGUGGGCCAAGUGCCGAGGCUAUCCCUCCUACCCUGCCUUGAUCAUCGAUCCCAAGAUGCCCCGGGAGGGCCUCCUGCACAAUGGUGUCCCCAUCCCUGUCCCCCCACUGGAUGUGCUGAAGCUGGGGGAGCAGAAACAGGCCGAGGCUGGAGAGAAGCUCUUCCUUGUCCUCUUUUUUGACAACAAGCGCACCUGGCAGUGGCUUCCGAGAGACAAAGUCCUGCCCCUGGGCGUGGAGGACACCGUGGACAAGCUCAAGAUGCUGGAAGGUCGCAAGACUAGCAUCCGCAAGUCGGUGCAGGUGGCCUACGACCGAGCAAUGAUCCACCUGAGCCGUGUCCGCGGGCCCCACUCCUUCGUCCCCUCCAGCUACCUGUAAGGGCGGGCCGCCCUGCCUCUGUCCCCUUCACAGCAGGCCGGGGGCUGCCUGGGCUGGGGCCCCAGUUUUGACAAACUGCAUGGUCCCCUGUUGGGCCUACUGUGUGCCAAAAACUCCCACCUGAGCUCCCUCAGGGGCUGGUCCACUGAAGAACCAGUUAGAAGUAGAAGCAGCUGGGAGGCCCAGCAAGGAGAGGGACCUGGCCUCAGACGCAGGGGUCCCCUGCUCUUCAGGGUGUGCGACCCCUCCACCCCACUCCCAGGUAACCACACCUCAGGUGAGCGAGGCGCUGACAUUGACCCCAGAGGUGCUGUGGGUACACUCGGGUCCCGUGGGGAAUGUCAGUGUGCUCACCCUCCCCCCCAAAUCCUCCAAUCACCCAUUCUCACACCUCUUCCCUGUCCCGCCUGCACCCUCCGCCCAGUCUUUCCCCUCUUCCUUUCCUUUCUCUUGUGCCAAACUGACAGAAACCAUUACCAAAUCGGUCUUUGUGUUUCCCUUUGAGGCCAGCUGCUAUGCUAGGUGGGUGCCUCCGCCUGGCUCCUCAGGUCCCAGAACAGAGGCCAGCCUGCCACUCGGGUGACCCCUCCACCAGCACAUGCUCCCUGCCCCCCCCCCCCAGCUCCCCCUCCCGCUGACCCUUUCGUCUGCAGACACCCACCUGGGAGAGCUUCCCUCUGGAUUGAGGGGGCCUCCUGCCCUCGUCCUGUCUGGCCAAGAGGCAGGUUGAGGCUAAGGCUGCGGCUUGUUGAGGUUGAACCCUCUGCCCUUCCUUCUUCCUCUCUGUCCCUGGGGCCUCUUCUAGUUUCCUGCAGCGGCGGCCUCCUGCCCGUCCACCCCGCGGACGGCAUGGUGCCUGCAGUGCAGCGUCUUCCGGCCCUGCCCAGCCUGCCACCCACUUCCCAAUCCCGGGAAGCCUGCACUUUUAUUUCAGACCCUCUGCCCUCCCUCUUUCUCCUCCACCCCUCCCACCACCACCUUCUCAAAAACGGAAGGAAAAAAGCUGUGAAAUGGGAAGCUGACUGACAAAGCAGGAGUUGCAGAGGCUCCGAUGUUCUCGGGUGUUUCCUCUCACCUCUUAGGCACCAAAGUCUCGGGCCAGGUGCAGGCCGCCGAUCGCCAUGUUGAUUUUCCCCCCCCGACGUUCUUUUUCAUUGUUUUGAAUUUUUCAUAGGGGAGUUUUGGACAAAACGAAGUCACUGGGGAGAUUACUGCCAUUUUUACACACACGAGUUUUUAAAAAUACAAUCAACCAACCACCACAACUUCUUAUACAUUUCGGACACGAGCCAGAGUCUUAAAUGGAAGCAACAGAACCAGAACACAAAGGAUGGGGUUGGUUUUGUACAAUACUCAAAAUACAACGCAGCCCAUGGCGAGGGAAGGACACGGUGUACAUAAUUGUAAAAUACUGCUCUAAAUUAUUCAGGCCUAUAGUUCCCAUGACUAGUCCUCCAUUGUGUGGCUGAGUAUUUAAGUGCACACAGUGUGGUAUUUAAGGAGCCAGUGCACCCCUCUCCCCAGGUAGUCAGUCGGCUGUGGACUCUGUGACCUUCGUCUCAACCUGUGUUGUAAGAUCUCGGGGCUUUCUCUAUUUCUCCUCUUUCUGUGUGUAUCUCCUCUCCCUCUCUCUCUCUCUCUCUCUCCCCCCCCCCCCUCUCUCUCUCUCUCUCUCUCUCUCUCUGAGUCUCAUUUUGAAGACGGCGCUUUUGGAAUGGGAAACGCUCAGAUCCUGCUGUGACGUGGGGCCUGCGUGCCUCAGUCGCAUCUGCUGUGAAGCACACGAUGCUCUAUUUAUUGUAUUGUAGAAAGUGACUUUAUUUGCUUUCUAGAAUUGUUUAUAACAGAUGGUAUAAGAGAGGUAAUAAACAGAAAAUCUAUGCUUGUAAAGGGUACAAAAGUUAAUUUUACCUACUAUAAUAUGACUGUCUGAAAUUAUUUUCUCUCUGAGAAAUAAAUGUUCUAAUGGGCAGCA